AUGGCCGCCGCUUGUGGGGGCGGCGGGGGCCUCACGGGCGAAGAGGUUUUAAAAAAGCAGUUGAAGAUAUGUGGCUUUAAGAGAGAUAAUGAUGUCACAGAGUUGUAUCUGGGAGAAAGAGGUUUAAAAGAAGUCCCUGAUUUAUCACAGUUCCGGAUACUAACGUAUUUGUGGCUAAAUAAUAAUAAGAUUGAGAAAUUAACUUUUUUGAAGCAUAACUGUGUCUUGAGAGAACUGUACCUCAACAACAAUGAAAUUAGAAAUAUAGCAGGUGCUCUCAAACAUGCACAUUCAUUGCAGAUCCUGCUGCUUCAUAACAACCAGUUGAAGAACCUGGAAACAACUGUGAAAGAACUAAAAGGAAUGAUGAGUCUUCAGACCUUAAAUCUGUUUAAUAACCCUCUGUCACAAGAUUGCAGAUACCGUCUUUAUGUAAUAUACCACCUUCCUUCAGUUCUGUUGCUUGAUAGAAAAGAAAUAACUGCUAAGGAAAGAUCAUUGGCUCUGAAUAUUUACAACCACAAACAGACCUUUGUUCUCCAAUCUAUAGGAUUUGGGAAGAGAGUAGAUGUCCCACUAUUGUCUAAGGCACCAUUUAAUAAAGGCUGGUCAUUAACCAAAGUGUUGAACUUGCCUCCAGGUUGUGAGUUUGGAAAUCACUUGGUUAAAAUUCCAUUUGAAAAUCCAGAAGAUGCUGUCUUUAUGAGGGCAAUGAAACGUUCUAUAAUGGAGUUCUCUACUGUUAAUUGGGAUAAAGUGCCCACCUCUGAAGAAAAAUACCUUGACACCAAGCCAGAAAAAAAGCCAGAGAAACUGACAAUAAAAUUCAGAUAACUGCAGGUUUCCUUAGGAAGCU